AGCAGUGUGUGGGAUGGAGGAAGAUGCAUAUAAUCAAGAUGAUGCUGCUGAUGAAGUUGAUGGAGUGAAUGAAGAGGUGGAACCCCAACCUCCGGCACCCAAGCAAUUCAAGCAAUCCAGUGCUUUGGAGUCUCUCCUUGGGGAAGCCUACAGACCACAACAGGAAGUAGGACCACAGAAAACUAAAGCGGCAGAGGCAGAAGAUGAGAUCAAAAGGUACAGGGCAAGGAGACCUGCGGGACUGCAGGACAAUCCUCUCAUCUGGUGGCGGGAGAAUGAAAAGGAGUAUCCUCUUUUGGCUUGCAUGGCAAAGCGAUAUCUCUGUGUCCCAGGAACCAGCGUCACAUCUGAGAGGGUUUUUUCAACUGCAGGUGAUAUCAUUACUGCCAAAAGAAGUUGCCUUACACCUGGGCAUGUCAAUGAGCUACUGUUCCUGCAGAAGAAUCUUUCCAUUCCUGAGUGAUGGCAGUUCACACUCUGGGUUAAAAGACAAGUUUAAUUUCCAGUUUAUUUGUAUUUGCACUUUAAUAGGCAAGGCCUUUCCAGUUUUUAUUUAUUUUUAUCUACUAUUUUAGUUUAAAAUGACCAGUUUACACAAAUACACUUUAAAGGCAAUUUAAUGUCUUAUACCUGGAGUACCUGAAGGUUUUACAAAAAACUGUGACACACUUGUGUUUUCUAAAGGUUUUUGUAAGUUCAAGUUUUAUUUGCAUUUUUACAUUCUGUGUAAUGCUAUCUGUUUACUGUGAAGCCAGUA